AACGCAGCGCCGUUUCGACGUGAGGCAACUCGAGCUCCUCCUGGCCUGGUAAUCGAAGCUCCAACUCGCUCGCAGUGCUGUGCUGCUGUAUUGUAUGCUGGAUUCCACAAAGCUUUCCCAAGGUCCAUCGCCAACGCACGCAACAUGGCGCCGGUUCGGGACACGCCGUUCCGCUCGGCGGACAUGAGCAUGGUGCAGCUCUACAUUUCAAAUGAAAUCGGCCGCGAAGUCGUCAACGCCCUCGGCGAACUCGGCCUCGUCCAGUUCCGCGAUCUCAAUGGGGAUCUCAGUGCCUUCCAACGGGCCUUCACUCAGGACAUCCGCCGCCUCGACAAUGCCGAACGCCAGCUUCGCUUCUUCCACGCCCAGAUGGAAAAGGCGGGAAUUCCCCUCCGCAAACUCGAUCUGGACGUCGACACCCUUGCUCCCCCCUCAACCAGCGAGAUCGACGAGCUGGCUGAACGCAGCCAAAGCCUAGAGCAGCGCGUGUCCUCGCUGAACGACAGCUACGAAACGUUGAAGAAGCGUGAGGUCGAACUUACGGAGUGGCGCUGGGUCCUCCGCGAGGCCGGCGGCUUCUUCGACCGCGCCCACGGCAAUGUCGACGAGAUCCGCGCCUCGACCGACAACGACGACGCCCCUCUCCUGCAGGACAUCGAGCACAACAACUCGGCUGCCGAGGUCGAGCGCUCCUUCUCAGGCAUGAACAUUGGCUUCGUUGCCGGAGUCAUCGCUAGGGACCGCGUGGCUCCCUUUGAGCGCAUUCUGUGGCGUACCCUUCGUGGCAAUCUCUACAUGAAUCAAGCCGAGAUCCCGGAGCCCCUGGUCGACCCCGCCACCAACGAGCCAGUUUUCAAGAACGUAUUCGUCAUCUUCGCCCACGGCAAGGAGAUUCUCGCCAAGAUCCGCAAGAUCUCCGAGUCCAUGAGCGCCGAGGUCUACAACGUCGACGAGAACAGUGACUUGCGCCGGGACCAGGUUCACGAGGUCAAUGCCAGACUCAAUGAUGUCCAGAACGUGCUCCGCAAUACGCAGCAGACCCUCGAGGCUGAGCUGACGCAGAUCUCGCGCUCCCUGGCGGCUUGGAUGGUCCUGAUAGGCAAGGAGAAGGCCGUCUACAACACGCUCAAUCUCUUUUCCUAUGACCGCGCCCGCCGCACCCUGAUCGCCGAGGCCUGGGUGCCCACCCACGACCUGCCGCUCAUCCGAUCGACGUUGCAGGAUGUCAACAACCGCGCUGGCCUGUCUGUACCGUCCAUUGUUAGCGAGAUCCGGACCAACAAGACGCCGCCGACGUACCUCAAGACGAACAAGUUCACCGAAGCCUUCCAGACCAUUGUCAACGCCUACGGCACGGCCACCUACCAGGAAGUCAACCCAGCCAUCCCCGUCAUCGUCACGUUCCCCUUCCUAUUUGCCGUCAUGUUUGGAGACUUUGGCCACGCCGUGAUCAUGUUGUCUGGCGCUCUGGCAAUGAUCUACUGGGAGAAGCCGCUCAAGAAGGUCACUUUUGAGCUGUUUGCCAUGGUCUACUAUGGCCGUUACAUCGCCCUUGUUAUGGCUGCAUUUUCCGUCUACACCGGUCUCAUCUACAACGACGUCUUCUCCAAGUCCAUGACGCUGUUUGACAGUCAGUGGAAGUGGAAGGUUCCGCCCGGUUGGGAAGUUGGUCAAGCUGUCACUGCCGAGCCGACUGCCCCGGGUUACACGUAUCCAUUCGGCGUCGACUGGCGGUGGCACGGUGCUGACAACGACCUCCUCUUCAUGAACAGCUACAAGAUGAAGAUGAGUAUCAUCCUCGGAUGGGCUCACAUGACGUAUUCGCUCUGCUUCGCCUAUAUCAAUGCCCGGCACUUCAAGCGCCCGGUCGACAUCUGGGGCAACUUCGUUCCCGGCAUGAUCUUCUUCCAGUCUAUCUUUGGCUAUCUGGUUGUGUGCAUCAUCUACAAGUGGACCCAGGUGUGGCCUGGCCAGCAGGGGCCCGGCCUCUUGAACAUGUUGAUCUACAUGUUCCUCCAGCCUGGCACACUGGACAAGCAGCUCUACCGCGGCCAGGCGGGAGUGCAGAAGUUCCUUUUAUUCUUCGCUGUUAUCCAAGUGCCUAUUCUUCUGUUCCUCAAGCCCUUAUAUCUCCGCUGGGAGCACAACCAUGCACGCGCCAAGGGCUAUCGCGGACUCGGCGAGCAGUCACGGGUCAGUGCUCUGGACGCCGAUGAUGAGGGUGACAACGGCCACGCCGUGGAUGGUCGCCGCCAUAGUGCUGUUAGCGACGACGAAGGCGUGGCCAUGAUUGCGCAGGACCUGGACGACGAGGAGCACGAGGAGUUUGAUUUCAGCGAGGUCAUGAUUCAUCAGGUCAUUCACACAAUCGGUCAGUUUCCCCCUUUUGUCUCGAUUUGUCAUGCAGGCAAAGCUGAUGCUAACUCGGUUUGACGGGGGACAGAAUUCUGUCUUAACUGCGUCUC